AAAUCAGCCAAGCUGGACGCCACAGUUUCGUCCCACACUGCUUCUGCCUCAGCCCUGCCCCCCUCAGCCAGCCCUCAGAACCCACUGCCUCAAAGACAGCAUUCACAACAUCUACCACCCAUCACCCCUGACAACGACGAGGACCAGUAUGUAAGCGAGGAUGCAGCCAAUCAGAUCAAUUCACUUCAAUACAAAGAUGCUGGAACUAUUACAGAUGUGUGUAACAGCACUGAUCUUCCAGAGGUGGAAAUCAUCAGUUUGCUGGAGGAGCAGCUCCCUCACUAUCAGCUGAGAGCGGACACCAUAUACGGCUAUGACCACGACGACUGGCUACACACGCCCCUCAUCUCCCCCGACACUACUAUUGACCUGACCACUGAGCAGAUUGAGGAGACCCUCAAAUACUUCCUGCUGUGUGCUGAAAGAGUGGGCCAGAUGACUAAGACAUACAAUGAUAUAGAUGCUGUUACACGUUUGCUUGAAGAGAAAGAGCGAGAUUUGGAGUUGGCAGCACGUAUAGGUCAGUCCCUGCUGAAGAAAAAUAAAACGCUGAGUGAGAGAAAUGAGUUUCUGGAGGAGCAAGUGGAGCAUAUACGAGAGGAGGUGUCUCAGCUGCGUCAUGAGCUCUCUAUGAAGGAUGAGCUGCUCCAGUUCUACACUAGUGCUGCUGAGGAGAGCGAAGGGGAGUCUGCCACCUCUACCCCAGUCCACCGGAAUGACUCCUCACUGUCUGUGCCAAAUUAUUUCCCUCUGGACUCCCUGCAGAAAAAGCUCAAGGACCUGGAGGAGGAAAACAUCGUGCUGCGCUCUGAGGCUUGCCACUUGGAGACAGAGACCAUCUCCUAUGAAGAGAAGGAGCAGCAGCUGGUUAAUGACUGUGUGAAAGAGCUCAGAGAUGCUAACCUGCAGCUUUCCUCCCUUGCUGAGGAGCUGGCAAAGAAAACAGAAGAUGCCUCCAGGCAGCAGGAGGAGAUCACACACCUGCUCUCUCAGAUUGUGGACCUACAGAAAAAAGCCAAAUCUUAUGCAGUUGAGAAUGAAGAGCUCACUCAACACCUGGGAGCUGCUAAAGAUGCCCAGAGACAACUCACGGCAGAGCUGCGAGAGUUGGAGGAUAAGUAUGCAGAGUGUAUGGAGAUGCUGCACGAGGCUCAGGAGGAGCUGAAGAACUUCAGGAAUAAGACGAUGCCGCUGAGCACACCACGCCGUUUUCACUCACUGGGCCUCUUCCCAUUGGACUCCUUAGCUGCUGAAAUUGAAGGGACAAUGCGGAAAGAGAUUCAGAUGUCAGACCCAGAAGUGGAAGAGCAAAGGCUUCAUCCAAAGCGAGUGUUCCAGACAGUGAAGAACAUUAAUCAGACAGUUCGUCAGCGCUCCCCAAUGAACAUCCCUGGGUCCAAUCAGACAUCAUGUGUGAACUCUAGGCGUUCCAGCUGUCUGAGCACACCCAGGUCCAGUGUGUACGGGGGAGAGGGGGUCAUAAUGGACAAUCGUACCAACAGCUUGUUGUUUGAGAACCACUCUCCACCUGACAGUUUGGACGACUCAAACAAGAAGGCUGGCAUUCCAGGCACGCCUGGUUCUCAUGACCUGGAGGCGGCGCUGCGGCGGCUUUCUCUGCGCAGAGAUAACUACCUAAGCGAGCGGCGCUUCUUCGAGGAGGAGAGAGAGCGCAAGCUGAACGCUCUUGCUGAGGAGGAGAAGAGUGAAGUGUAUGAAGAGAGGGAGCAGGGCAGUGGCAGUGACGGAGGAGGCUCGCUGACCCCUGCAGACAGCAUCAUGUCCCUGGGCACGCUGCACUCGGUCUAUUCGGUCUACAGCAGCCGCUCCUACCUGCCUGAGAAGCUGCAGAUAGUCAAGCCUCUGGAAGGCUCAGCCACCCUGCACGCAUGGCAGCAGCUGGCCCAGCCCAACUUGGGCGGCAUUUUGGACGCUCGGCCAGGCGUAGUGACCAAGGGCUUCAGACCGCUGCAGCUGGACCUGGAGGAGGUGUACACGUUCACAGAUUUGGAGGAGGACGAGCCGGCUGAGCAUCAGCACUCUCACCCCACUCUCUCUACCUCAGGUCUGGGCUCUUUGCCCUGCUCCCCCAGUAUAAACCUGAAUGGCCAGGAGGAGCAUGACGGGGCGGAUCGAGGAGAGACGGGGAUCUCUGGGGUAGAGAUGGAGCUGCAGAAGGCCACAGAGAACGAGCAGCCACCAUCCGUGCAUUUCCCUGGCAAAUGUAUGUCUCACACUAACUCCACCUACACCUUCACCACCUGCCGGAUACUCCACCCCUCAGACGAGCUGACCAGUGUCACACCCAGUCUGAUGUCAGCAGCUCCCUCGUUGGUGUCCUGUGUUAUGUCCAGCAGUAGCAUGCGCUCCACUCCGGUCUCCACCCCUUGCACUCCGCGCCGCCUCAGCCUGGCUGAGAGCUUCACCAACCUGCGCGACCACACCAAGACUACUAGCACCUCUCUGGGCCUGGUGCGCCUCCUGCAGGAGCGGGGCAUCUCCUCAGCCGUCUACAACCCCCUCAGUUGGGACCGGGCCCAGACUGCUGCUGUCCCGGAGUCCACGUCCUGCUCUGGUACAGCCAGCUCCUUCACUCAGGGCCCAGAAACACUGCCCUCCACCCCUCCCAACUCCCCCACCAAAUCCAAACCCAACAGCCCUGUGCUGCCCCUGGACUUCAGCCCCUCAGACCCACCCUACGAGAACUUCCUAGCCUCGCGGCCGGCCAGUUCCAUCCUGAAGGAAAUGCGUGGAGCGAAGGCCCAAUCGGACUCACAGUGUCAGACUGAGGUAAGUGUGCAGAACCUUCGCCUGGUAGACAAGGUGAAGCGGUUCAGCCUUGGUCCCAGGGCAGUGACCCCGGGGCCUGUGCUGGGACUGGGUGGACCACCUUUUGGCACCCAUCCUGGGGUUACCAGCCCUAUAGGAGGACUGCCACUGCCAGGAAUGCGAAGAAACCGAAGUUACCCAGUCAUGGUAGGGGCCAGCAUGGCAAUGAAGGGUCCAGGGCCUCCAACGGACAACUUACUCUUGGCCCCUAAACCUUCCAGAAAAACUAGCCUCAAUGAGGAGUGAAUGUUGCCUUUCUUUCUCUUGUUCUCCCGUUCUCUCGGUUGCGAUCCCUCUGUGUACAAAAUACAUGAUUCAAGUACAUUACUUUACUCCUUUGACAGAUCGACUGUGCCUGUAAAAGAGAUUUGUAUAGAUUAUUUUGUAUAGCAGAGUUGUCUGUAUUACCAUUGUUUUGUUUGUUUUGUAUUGUUUUUUUUGUCAUAUGUAAGGUACAGUUCAUCUAGAUGAAUGCAAUGGGGUAUCAACCCCCCCCCCCCCACAAAAAAAGUGGUUUACUGAAAAUCAUAUUUGCAUUUUUUCCCCCCUUAAACCAAGCUAAGAUCCUUCUUUUUACAAUUGUUUUUUACAAGUGUUUUUCUUUAGUUUUGCACUGGAGCUAUGUGGCUAAUGUUGCUAACAAGCAAUGAAAGUCCAUUGUCACCCACAAAAACUAAACUAAAUUCUAAAGAAGCGAAUCUUGGACACUGAUUGCUGUGGCUUGUGUCUUGGCUGAUCAGCUACACUCCCAGAACAAGGGUACUUUCUUCUAUAAGACUGAUUAUUAAGGAUUAUUUGACUGAUUCUUUAAAUGAUGAUGAGUAGUGGUAGUAUAACCUUCUGAUGCUCUGUAAUUCAUUUGAUGCUGUAUAUUAAGCCAUUUUAAAAGGUUCUGUAUAGAACCACCUCCAAAAGACCACCAAUGAGAAAAACUCUUUAGCCAUUCAACUAAAUCAAAGGGCUUUUAUUGGACUGUUUACUCUAGUGAAGUAAAGCUUUUUUUUUAAUAGUCUAUUUUUGAAGAAAUUGGGGAAAUUGUGUAAAUGUAAUUUUUAGUUAAUUAUUUAAAUAGAUCCCCUUACCUUUCACAUUUCCAUCUUAUUCAGUUCAUCCGUCGUUCUUGAUGGCCUUCCUGAGAUUUCUCAGGUGCUGAAACUGUGCAGGACUGCGGACCCCCAAUAACAAGAGUAAGAAAUACUGUCCUGUUGUAUGAAAUUAUGUUUUUGCACUUGAGGGCUGCAAGAAAAUGUAGCAAAUUAGCUAAGAGGGAAUCCUAAAUGCCCAUUUUCUGGGGAAACUCAGCUGUAAGCACUUUUUGAUUUUGAAGAACUGUACUAUUAGACCAUAUCUGUGUAUUCCGAUGUGCAAGCAAUCUGGUCUUCCUGAGCCCAGAGCACUGUGUGCUUAGAUCCUGGUUGUCAUCUUUUUCAGAGCUGUUGACUGAAGCACUCUCAACAUUUACGUUUAUGCUAAUGCUAACUUUAACAAUGAAGGACAAUGGAGCUGCGCUAAUGCAGAGUUUUCUCAGUUAGUUUUUGAUGCCCAAACGAAUUGUCCUUAACCAAGCAGUUUGAAUAAACCAGGCUAAUAUACUUUAUUCUGUGUUAUGGCUUAUGCAAUCCUUGAGUGCUACUAAGGUGUAAAAUGGUGCUUAUUACAAUGUAAUAAACAUGAAUCUGGCCCUUAAUAGAGGGUUUUGUUACGAAAUUUGUACGUACUAGCACAACAGAUGGAGCUCACUGUACUGUAAGUCCUCCCUCAGUCCAAAGUUCUGAUACAUAGCUUAGUGUAAUGAAUUGGAGAAUGAGAGAGGUUAAUAUGACUGAUGUGUGGAAGAAUGUAGUGUUAGGAUGUGGUAUAAACUCUGAAAAUGAAUAUUACAGACUGAUUGAUUUAUUGCGCUUUGUUAAUAGACCAAUGUUAUUUAUAAGUGUAUGCGUGCAUAUGUGUGUAAAGUUGAAUAACGAUGCAUUUAAAAAACGAAUACAUGCAAACUGGGUAUGAAAUACCUGAGUAAAGCAGAAAAUCGAUCAUGUUUUAAGGCAGUUUCCAAUUCUCCCAACACAAGCAACAAAACUGCAGAGACUUUUAAAAGCUCUGGCUCAUUUUAUGCAUAUUUAAGUUGUAAAGUGUAAAGUAUUUUUGGUGGAGAUUAUUUUAAACUCUCUGAAGACUGAACUGUAAGCUUUAAAUGAAUUAUGGUAACUGUGAGUUAGUGGUAUGAAUAUCAGAGAAUAUCAUGGUGCCUGAUGUUAACGAUCCAUUAUUUAAUCCUGUUCUGACUGACUUCCGUUCUGUUGAGUUUGCCUGCCUCAGUAUACACUGGAGUUAGCACUGCAGCUAUGGGCUUGAGUUGACUCUACUGAAAGCAUUUUAAACAAGCUGGAAAUUACUGUAUCGGUUACAAUAUUUGAAGGGUAUUCAAGAGUAGAUGGUGAUAUCCAGAAAGCACAUGGAGCCAUAACUGUGUUUAAAGAUGCCUGUAUUUAUAAUUCUGUUUUUUAGUUAAAGCAAAAGAGGGUUGUCUGUUGAAGAUCUGUGUAUGUGUGCACUUAUCAUGACUUGAACAUGUUCUUAUUGAAUGUAUUGCAGAACCACAUAGGUGUCCUGACUGUACCUGACUGUAUGUUCGUUUCAUUUAUGAAAUUCGUUUUUAUUUCCUCAGUUCACAAAAGGGAAGUUUUGCCACUUGUAUACUGUAAAUGGCGACUGUGCGAACACUGCUAACUUUUUAUACAAAAGGACACAAAUUGGUGAAUUAAAAUCAGAACUUUACUUGUGGUAAAAGCCAGGUCAAAAAACAAAGUGGACUUAUGCAUUCAGGAACUUUAGAUGCUCUUACUGGCAAAAACAUAUGUCAAUAAACCAGUUGAUUCAAA